GAUCCUGUGAUACCGCGUUGGAGUCGCGUGCCAUCACCACCGACCCUCCGCUGUGAAGCUUUUAUGUAACAGUUCCACUACCAAGCACGAGUGGCCAAUACGGCGAUACCAGAUUCACCUAGUGAUUGAUAGACCUAACUUCCUUCAAACCCCUCCGGCUGAUCCAGUGAACCAUUGUCGCGGCAUUAAAUCACGUUGAAGGGCUUCCUCGUCCUCUCUACUCGAACGCGAUGUGGUAAUUGUCAUCGUUUUACAGGAAGCAUCGCUGCCCAUCCCACCUUCGCGCCAGUCUGUUCCACAAAACAGGCAGAGAGACAGACAGCUAGAACUUCCAGGUCAUUAACGAGUAGCCUCUCCUGACUUUGUCAAACCCAGCAGCGAGGUACAUCCCAACGACUCGGCCGCUGUUUCAUCCAUUUGCCCAGCUGAGCCUCCAGCGCUCACGCUGCAACACAUCCAACCAUACGCCAUGUCCGCGUUCCCUCCCGCCGCCCCUCCAACGUCCACCAGCAAUGGCAAUUCCGGAACCGCCGCACCGGGCGACCCUUCCAACACGUUCUCGCUGAUCCUCCAAGCCCUCUCCGCCAUCUACGACCCGCGAUCCACCAACGAAACACGCCGCAGUGCGUCCGAAUGGCUCGAGACCGCCAAACGCGACCCUGACGCCCCAGCCCACGGCUUCGCCCUCGCGCAAGACCGCAGCCAGCCGCCGGCGCUCCGGUACUUCGGCCUGACGAUGCUCGAGCACUCCAUCAAGUAUCGGUGGCACUACGAGGAUGAGAACGGGACGCGAGCACUGCAGCAGUGUGCGGUGCAGUUGGCCGAGGGCGUGUCGGCGGAGGACCCGUCGUUCUUUCGAAACAAGGCGGCGCAGUUGUGGGUGGAGGUGGCGAAACGCGCGUGGGGAGAUACGUGGAUGGAUAUGGACGAGUUGCUUGUCAGGCUAUGGGGGAAGAGCGUCAUUCAUCAGGGCGUGGUGCUGAGCAUCUUGGAGACGCUGUGCGAGGAUGUCUUUUCGAAAGACGACACAGCGGUGGAGAUGCGAGGAGGCGAGCUCAGUCAUGCGUGCGUGGAGAUCAUAACCCCGGCAGAGGCGCUGGCGAGGCAAUACCCGACCAGAGCUGUUGGGAACCAACUGCGAUUCGGCGAGGACGGGUGGUUGAAGAGGAUAUGUGACCUCCUCCCCACGUUCUUCGAGCAAGAUCGGAUCAAGGACGAGCAAAUCCUGGCCUGCGCUGUGAAGGCGGUGAACACGAUGCGCUCGACGUUGAGUUGGGUCAUUCCCCGAGCCAUCGCGAUGACCGGCUGCGUGGGCUACCUCUGCACCUCCUUGUCCUCCGGCGUGAUUGAGCUCCAAAUCUCCACGGUCGAGGCGCUCCAAGCCAUCUUCGCGCGGAGCCAUAUCGAGUCGGACGAGUUCGCCGAGGAAAUCAUCGGCCCGAUGCUCACUGGGCCCCGAGCCGACCUGCUCAGAAAAGUCUAUGUGUGGACGACGGAGCAGAUGAGCGAUCUGGACGAGCAGAAGUACGCCUUGUGCAAGAAAAUCACCGAACUCCUUUCAUAUCUGGGAACCUGUCUCGAACGAUCAUUCAGUCGUCUCGGUCCGAACGCCGCCAUCGCAGAGUUUCUGAGCCUCAUUUUCGACGUGCUACAGAAUCCCAGUCUGAUGGUCUCCAUCCCUGUCCUCCACCUUUGGUCCAAGAUCUUGAAAUCGCCGUCGUUCCGAGACUCGAAUGAGGUCCGAGGAAUGAUCGGGAACAUCCUGGAGAUCUGUAGCGAACGGCUCGUUCGAUACGAGUUCUUGCCGGAAAACACGGACAAUCUGACGGUCCUGUUCCUCAAGGAAGACAUGGAUACGCUUCCGGAGCAGCAUGCUUUCCUGGGAAAUUACCGACGUUACUGCACAGAUGUCAUCGAGCAAAUAGUCCGGUCGACGCCCCUGGAUGCCUCUCGCCACAUCCUGUCACAGGCCGCAAGUCUCUUCACAUCGAUCCAAGCCGAGCAGGCCAAAUUCGACCCUAACACCUUCUCAAAGAAUUCCCCCGACAAUCUUCGGAUUGAAGCUCAGAUAUCGGUUGUUGAUGCUGCUAUGAAAGGGUUCAUCAAGUGGCGGAACGGCAAGGGGGCCGAUCCCGUGGAAAAUGAGAAUGAUCGCAAUGGGAUGCAGGAUCUCUAUGAAGAAUGGUGUCGUACCUUGUUGACACUCAAGUUCCAAGAUCCCGAGAUCACAAAGAGAUUGAACACGCUCUGUGUCACAAUUUCGACCAAAGCGCUUCCUACCAGACCUGGGCUUGCGGUCGCAGUUUUGGAUCAUCUGUUCAAUCUCGAGACGCGCGAUAUCAGUGCGCCUCACCAGUACUCCGAAGCAAUGCAGAGCCUGGAAAGCAGUAGUGCGACCGAGAUGCAACGCUUAGCUUUCGUAUUCUCCGACCACUUCUUCACCCUAUAUGAUGACUUGGAGAGGAAAGCAAACCAUAUCAUGGCGAAUCAACAGCUAAGCGACAGGCGGAUGCAAGCGUUCAGGACGCUCCUCUUCAUGCUCAUACAUCGAGCGAAGACUCUGGACGAAAACACUAAGCAACAGAAGCUCGAAAGCAUCAUAGAGCCAGUCAAAGCAGCCUGGACCAAUCCAACGCUGACUGAAGGUUUGUCGUCCUUUGGCUCCUUCUGUGAGAUGCUGGCCUUCGGGAGUCUUCCGGACUACUUUCAAAGCCGGGGAUUUCGGCAGGUGGAGGACUGGUCGGCUAAAGAGCUCGACGAGGAAGGCAAGGCUAUUCAGCAAAAUAUCAACAGCCGGUUUCAAGGGCUUCCUUUGCGAUCCACUAAAUCCUUCUUAACAGCCUCCACCGAGAAGAUCGAGGACGGCUCGCCAGAACAUGAGAUGACAUGUCUCAUCUGGUCCCGGGCCAUUCCCGUGAUUCUCCCUAACCUUCUUAAGCUUGUCGGCCAAUCGCAAGCAUUCAACGAUCUCACGAACUGGUCUCAACUUCCGGAAGAGAUGCAGGCCGUCAUAAAACGAGUCCUGACCGACCGGUUUUGGCAAUCCGGGAUCUCGACCGAAAGUAGGGAAACGUUUUUCGCCAAGGUCAGCAGCUCGAAGACCACGUACGAAGGUUUCGCUUCGACGAUACGCGGCACCGUGAGACAGAUUCGGGAGUCAUGCUACUGGAUAAUAUACGGCUUCAUCCGACUCAAGGACUUGUUCUAUGGGAUUCCGGAGCUGCCAGGUCCUUUAAGCGAUGCGCUCUUCAGCAACGCACACGCAUUGUCAAGCCAUCACGUUUCCGUCCUGCUAAAUAUGUCGAUGCAGCUUAUAGAGUAUUGCCCUGUCCAUCUCCGGCCCCAUUUCCUACCCAAAGUCGUCUCUUCGCUCUUCGCAGUCUUGGACAGGAAAAUCGGUUCGGAAUGGGAGCAGGUCACCAAGAGGGUCAGCGAGCAACGCGCGGACGAUAACCUAGCCGACGAGAUGAAGGAUGAGAGCAUUCUGCGUCAGCUAACCUUCAAUGCCAUCUCCCUCGCGGCCAGUUUACUUGACCCUCAACGCAACGGUAAGGACUCCUCGAAACAGUCCGCUGAAUCCACCAACCUCGCCACCUUCGUUCUCAGCUCCCCCCAAAUUCUCGAACCCCUUCUCCUCUUCAUCACCCACACCCUCCGCGUCCGCGACACCCGCUCCUGCAACCUCGCCAUCCGCGCCCUCCGCAACGUCGCGCCCCGCUUCCGCACCCCCGCCUCCGACCCCGUCCAUGUCUUCCUCGCCGAUGAAGUCCUCAAGGCGGCCAUCACUUCCUUCAACGAGCCCUACUUCGUCGACGUGCAGAAGGACCUCGCCAUGCUAAUCGCGCAGAUCAUCCAGAUCGACUCGGACGGCCAGCCGGAGCAGCAGAUCUCUCGACAAGUCCUCCUGUCCUUGCCGGGCUUGUCGGAUCCGCACGCGCGGAGCCGGGUGGACGACGCGGUGGCCAAUAUCCGCGCGGCGUCCGGGCAGGGCAUGGAUCGGAAAGCGCGGGCCUGCGUGUUGACGUUGCUCGAGGGCGUCCGCGGCGUCAGCAUCCACGAGAUGGGCAAGGUGGAGCGGCCGGCGUUCGAGUCACAGAAGAAGCCGCGGAGCAAGCUGGCGGAGAUGUAUAUGAGCGGGGUAGAGAAUCAGGGAAUUGUCCGAGGUGGAGAGGCGAACCUCGCGGGCGUGGCGAGCAUGUUCGGGGAGAACUGA